AAGAGUUGAUCAGACAAAACAAAGAUACACCAAGGGCAUUACUUGCCAUCUUGCCUACAAAAAUCAGAAUCCCUGAAAGAUUUUCCUCUACUUUGCUAUGUCACCCUCRUCUUGAGUGCAGCCAUAACAAGCUGAGAGCAUCAGUCACAUUUAAAGAAUUGACUUCUCCAGGCAGCUUAAAAAUGGAGUCUCGCAAAGAAGCUCAGCCUAAAGGAGAGUUUAAAUGUCAGUUAUGUGGCUUAACAGCUCCAUAUACCUACUAUGGGCAGAAGCCACCAAACACGCGCUCUAUUGUGAUUUUGGAAGAAAGUUAUGUAAUGAAGGAUCCUUUCACUCCGGACAAGGACAAAUUCCUCAUCCUUGGGUCUCAGUGCAGUUUGUGUAGCAGAUUGGUGUGUGUUGGUACGGAAUGUAGUCUGUUUUACUCCAAAAGGUUCUGCCUCCCCUGUGUGAAUGAAAACCUGAAGGCAUUUCCUAUUGAAAUACAAGAAGAUAUGGAUAAAAGGAAGUCCCAAACAAAAUCCUUCCCUUCUGAAAAAAUGGAUGCAAAGAUUUAAAUACUGAAGGACCGGGACAGACAGUUUUUUGGCCGCGGUUUUGCGUCUCUCCUUUUCCAGGCUAUCAUGUUGCUUCUGUUAAAGAAGUGACCUUCAUCAGCUUGCUACUACAGAAAGGAGUA